AUGGCGGAUUCAGAGAGAAAUGCUCCUCGUCAGAUAGAAUGCAGUAAUAAUUUAUUAAAUGCUGCCAUCAACAGUGGAGCUGGUAAAAUCACCGCCGUCGUCGUUUUAUCCAUUCUAAGCACCGUUUCACAUCACUUCCUAAAGCCUUUUGGACAACCUCAAAUAACUUCAGACAUCGUCAUAGGGUUGAUUGUAGGAAACAUAGACAUGGUACGUGAAAUGUUCUCUGGAUUAUUCAUUCAGACACUGAGCAACAUAAUUGAAUUUGGUAUGAUCUGUCACAUGUUCGUGUUGGGUUUAGAAAUGGAUCCGUACGUUCUGCUUCACCCGCCCACCAGAGAUGCGAUCAUGGCGUACUCCGGCAUGUUCACCACCAUGUUAUUAGCUAGCAGUGUGACGCCAUUUCUCAACUAUGCUACCAGGAGAAGCGUACAAUUCACCUUGGCUCUAGCAUGUACAGUCGCCGGUAACGACUCUCCAGUGCUAACUCGAUUAAUAACAAAUCUAAAGAUAGGAAAAUCCGACAUUGGAAAGCUAGGAACAUCCGCUGGACUUCACUCCGACAUGGUUUCCACAAUCUUGUAUUGCAUAGGUUUCGUUGUUUGUCCGACAGACACGGACUUGCCUGUGAGGGUUCACAUCAGAGAGUCUCUGAAAAUGACUAUUGCGAUUUUGAUUCAGAUAAUUUUCACGGCGAAGGCUUCGCCGAUUUUGCUGAACUGGGUUAACAAUGAGAAUCCUGAAGGGAAACCUUUGAAAGGUCCUCACCUUGUCAUGUCACUAGGGUUCAUGGUGUUGAUAUGCAGUGCUUCAUGGUAUCAUUAUAAUCCGAUCUUGAGUGCGUUCAUUGCUGGUUUGUUACCGAGUGAAGGGAGGAUUUCGAGAUGGAUUAUCAACAAGAUUAAUCAUUUGUUGAGAACUCUUUUCUAUCCAAUUUUUUUCUUUUGGGUUGGAUGGACGACGCAUUUGAAAAAUUUUGAUCCGGGGUGGAUGACAUGGGCGAGAUUCUUUUGUCUUUUGAUGAUUACAACGGUUGGGAAAGUCCUCGGCACUGUCAUCUGUGGGUUGAUGCUAGGGUUUCAUUGGCCUGAAACUGUUGCUCUUGGUCUGCUCUUGAGUGCAAAAGGCCAUUUUCAUAUCUUCCUGGCUUCUUUCGCAGCUAGGAGAGGGACUGUUAGUAACACAACAGGAACAAUAAUGGUGUUUGUGGCAUUCCUCACCGUCGUUUACACACCAUUUGUGGUAAUGAACAUCAUAAAGCGAGCCAGAAAACGGGUACCAACUCACAGGAUGGCACUUCAAUGGCUCGAUCCAACCGACGAACUUCGAAUCUUGCUCGGCCUUCAUGGACCACAUAAUGUAGCUUCUGCAAUAAACCUCAUGGAAAUCUCCAGCGGAGAAGUAGAACCCGGAAUUGUGUUUUACGCCACAGACAUGAUUGAACUCACAGACCAAAUAGCUUCCACCAUGAAGCCAAAUGAAGGAACUGAUCCCAUGAUGAUAAACGACAAGACAGUGACAGACAUGAGAGAUGAAAUCACAGCUACAAUGCAAUCUUAUGUUGAUGAAAAUGGCGGUGGGAUUACACUCAGAAGAAUGUUAGCUCUCUCAACCUUUGGCACCAUGGCUCAUGACAUCUGUGUUUUGGCAGAAGAACUGAUGGUUUCCCUCAUUAUUUUACCUUUCCAUAAACGCCAAACAGCAGACGGCGUAUUAGACUCCGGCCACCCUGGUUUCAGACACGUGAAUCGCAAGGUGCUACGAAAUGCGCCGUGCACCGUUGGAAUUCUGGUGGACAGAGCAUUUGGGUUACUCGACAAAAUAUCAAGAUCCCACGUAUCAGUAGAGGUGGCAACCAUUUUCAUCGGCGGAAAAGAUGACAGAGAAGCUCUGGCCUUCGCAGGACACGUGGCACGACACCAGGGAGUUCGACUUACAGUAAUCAGAUUCCUAAUCGAGAAGAGUUCAGAUAACGUCCCAAGAAGAAUAACCAACAGUAGGGUUAGCGCAGCAGAGGUUGAAGAAGAGAUGAAGCUUGACGAUGAGUGUUUUGCAGAAUUCUACGAGAAACAUGUCGCAGGAGGACACGUGGAGUAUAUGGAGAAAUACAUGGCGAAUUCGAACGAUACAUUCACGGCACUGCGAUCGAUUCAAGGGCAAUAUUCAUUCGUGAUUGUAGGAAGAGGUGGGAGGGUGAACACAGUGUUGACAGUCGGGUUGAAUGACUGGCAGCAGUGCCCGGAAUUGGGUCCGAUUGGAGAUGUAUUAUCCGGGUCGGAUUUUUCCGUAACGACGUCCGUAUUGAUUAUCCAACAACAGAGCACUAGAGGACAAAUAGAGGGUUUGGAUGAUGACUUCUCCGUCAUGUAA